CGCCCGCUUAGCCCUCUGUUUCGCCCUCUCUCUCCCUCGUCUGUGCCCCCAUCGCUUCUUCUCUGUCCCAUCCUUACCCUCUCGGGACUUGUCCCAUCUAUUUCACCUCUCUCUCUCUCUCUCUCUCUCCCUUCCUGUCCUCCUUCUCCUGCUGCUUCUUCUUCCUCUUCUUUUUCUUCUCCAUUGUCAUCAUCAGUUGGGGUGGGUGGGUGGCUGGGUGCUUAGCUUGUGUCUGAUGUGGUUUAAGUUUUUUGCCUUUUGGUGAGUCGUUGUAAGUUCUGUCAUCGGCAGCAAAACUGGCGCUCUCAGUUUGGGUUGAAGGGGGGGAGCAACUCGAGGAGUAGUCUUCCUCAGGUGUGGAGAACAGAGGAGUAGGGCGACAGGGGGUGAUAACGGGGGGUGGGAUACGACGGAUCACCUGGCGGGGCCCUUCGGCAGCAGCUCCGGCCUGCUGCGGGGAAGUGCGUGGUUUAGGUGCGUCGACGAGCUGGCGAGGAGAGUGGGAGGGAGAGAGGUAGUGAGUGUGCGGAUUAUCAGUUGGAAGCUGGCCGAGCGGAGCCUGAAAGCCGCCCGAUUCAAGGGUGAUGGAGGUUUGUUAGAAGUGUUUUGGGGGAGCAGGAGAACUGAAGGAUGAAAAGUAACCGCGCAGGCAGUGUUUGGAGGAGAUUAGCUACGACGACGGAGGAGGUGGUGCAGUUCCAGUUCGGGUGAUGGUGCGGCUGGUGUUUUCUGUAGGAGAUACUUGUAACAAAGUUGUGGCGCGGCUAUGGCAGUUUUAGUCUCAUUUUUGUUGACGCAGGCAGUUCCAACGCUCCUGUCAUGUCUCGCGUUAACUUCUCUCUCGCCCCUGUUCUUUGUGGGGUCGUUUCCUUUCUCAUUGCUCUUCGUAUCGCUCUCGGUCCUCAUCAGCGUGGUCUCUUGGUGCUGGGGCUUGCACGAUGGAGCUUGUCUAGCGGAAGAUAAUGAUGCAAAUUACAGUAGUCUUUGCGGCGAUCGCUCCCGGGUGAGCUCGAAGCAGGGACGCCGAUCAUGGUGGUGCUGCUGUGAAGCGUUUGGCGGGUUUCAGCUGGCAAUGUUUCUCACGUGGGCGCUCCUCUUUCUGUUACUUUGCAUUCCACCUAUGGCAAAUGCUGAGAGCAAAGUGCAGCUAAACAUGGAGCAGCUACGAUCCAUUGGUGACGAUCCUGAAAUCGACUCUCCCUCCGAAGGGGUCGUAUCUGAAGUCAUUUGGAAAGAUUCGAGUCGAGUAGACCCAGACUCCCAGAGCUCCGAUAAUGGAGGUUCUUUCGGGAGGCAGGAGGGCGGUACCAGUGAACAAAAAUUAAAUAAUAAUAUUGAAGAGCAAAUAAGUCAGCAGAGCGGUUUUCACUCCUCUGUUAGUUCAGGUCAGUCGGGCCAAUUCGUGCAACGUCCAACUGAUGACAAGGUUGAGCUACAAUUAUGUGGUGCCCUUGUUCGAAUCGGACAACAAGUCGCGUGUUACCCUCCUGGGUCCCUCGAGGCCCGAGAUAGGCUUGCCGAUUUUCGUGAUUGUUCCGAGGUUUCUCCGAGAGACCCAAGUACAAUGCUGCGUUUUGAGAAUGUUGUCGUCACUCCUCCUCAACUAGUUUGGGUUCAGCAGCCUUUGUAUCAGCGCCAGGUUGCUUUCCUGACUAUUAUCAAUUUUUGCAAUAGCUCGGAAUUAUCACUUGUUGCUGCUAUGAGUGAUAAUAGACAGUUCUUUAUCUCCGAUUUCUCUGAGAAAUCCGUUGCUCCUGGAGGAUCGCUUACGCUCCCUGUGUGUUACUUACCUCAGUACACGGGAGCAGCCACAGGAAGACUAACCAUAGAAACCAGAUCAGACCCAAUUGUAGUGCAGUUACAAGGGGAAGGCGUUGCAUCUCCGUAUCAGAUGCACGUCAGGUUGCAUAAGAACUCGCAUUAUGUACUUUCUCUCUUCAACCCUUUCAAUGAAAACAUGUUCGUGGAGGAGGUUGUUGUUUCCCUGGAGGAGGACGAGGGGCUCACCUCAAGUUCAUCCGUUGAAAAGAAAAACGUGGAUCGUGUUAGUGGAUCACCUUUAGAUUCCAUUGUGAUUGAAGCGAGGGAAUUUAGCCUCGACUUUGACAAUAGUCAUCACAAACAUGGGCUACUAAUGAGAGCUGGUGCGGCAUGGGAACUACCUGCUCAGGCAAGUAGAGAUAUUUUAGAAUUCAACAUAGUUCUGAAGCAAGAGGAAGUGUUUUCGGGAGCGUUCCAGAUUCGGGUCACUGGCGCGAAUUUCGGGAGCAAGGGCGAUAUUCUAGUCUACCCGUUCAGCUCACGAGUACCGCAGCCGUCUUCUGUGUUUUCAGUUCCUGGUAUGGUAGAUUUCGGUAUGAUGGUUGGGGAUCAGGUGCGGUCGCAGCCUUUGGUGCUCCAAAAUUCUGGCGAUCAAUUAGUACAGGUUGAAGAAAUAUACGAAGUAACUGGAGAUCCAAGAAUUGCAAUCGAGUACAAGAAAGGAUGCGUUCUGCUCCCAGGCUCCGAAACCGAAGUUGCUAACAUUACAUACAGAGGCCUUAACCAGCCUCACGCGCUGAACGCAUGUAGUAGCUCUCAGAAGAUCAUGGUUCGCACCAACAGUACCAUUGGUCACUUGAUGGAGAUUUCUUAUAGAGCGGUGGUGCUGCCGUGCGUGGAUCCUCCUGCCUUGGCCUUUCUUCCUGAAUCGACGGGGCGAGUAAUAGGAGAUCUGGUAGGGUUUCAUGCAGGCCAGGGCAUUAGUGACUUGAUCAUGGAUUACAGGCUGUUUCUCGGGCUCCUUUUCUGUGGACUCAUGGUAGGUGUGCUACUGUUGUUUCAAGUGGUUGUGCGCGAUAGCGUUUUGCCUACGUCGUCAGGGGAUUUGAGUAUAGUGGGAUCUCAUCGAAGAAGCUCUAGUCGAGGCAGUCCUUUCAUGAAGAGAAGGGAUAAACUGCUUAAGAUGUGGGGCUGGGGAGCGCUGGCAACUGUGGUGGACGGUCUGUGGGUAGCUUUUGGAUCCGCCAUAUGGCGAAAGGAGUGCAAUGCGUCUUCUGCGGAUUACAGUCUCCCGCGAUCCGUGUCGCCUGCGCAGACAUCCACACAGACUGGAGUGCAGGCGACGAAGGCAACUGGAGGAGCUGCGGUGUCUGCUCCAGGAACAAUGCAAGCAGCAGGACGCAAAGGAGGCUCAGAUAAGAAGCAUAGUAAUGCUGCUAAGGCUGAUCAAGCACGGAAUUCUAAAGGUAAUAUUGACACAGCGAAUAGCUCCUUGCCUAUGACCACUAAAGAUUCGCAUCAUCACCCACAGUCCAUCAAGCAGCCCAAGACUUCGAAAUACUUGAAGCCGGAAAGUUCCAAUGCAAAACACACCAUUUGCAUGGAGUGUCCGGCUGAGGACGCGGAAUCUGUUGUGAAAGAGGUGAUAGCGUCAGAUGAACCGAGAAAAUCUAUUGAAGCGGUUAUGUGCGCACAAGAUACAGGUCCUUCAGGCGAGCCUUCCCUCAAGGAGACGCCCAAGGAGGAAGUCACCUUAAAGACACAGCCUGUUCCCCCCCCUGAGCAACCCUCACUACCAAAUGAACGGGAGAAACGUAGGCGAAAGAAGAAACAGGGGAAGCAUGAUGUGGCUGCGAAUUUGGGUACGAGUGGGGGUGCGUCGCCGGGAUCUCCUGCCUCUCCCGUGAUGAUAUCCAGUUCAGCUUGGUCUGUUAGUCCUCCUUCUCCUUCCGAUAGUACACCGACGAAAUCAACUUCGUCCACCUCUGAUCAGUUAAUAGUUCCUCUCAGCCCAAAGAAUUCAGGUUCUGUCGAACAGGCUGACCCCACCCAUCUUCCCAAACUUAAGGUUAAAGUUCUGAACUCUUUGAAAACCACAAAUUCUGCCCCAGUUCGCUCAGUAACUGGGAGCCCCAGGCCUAAUGUAAGCUCUGCUCCAGUGCAACAACAGCCCAGGCAGCAAGGGAAAGUAGCAGAUGCACGUAAGCAGCCCGCCGUGGAGAGGAGUUCAGGUGUAGGUGGGAAAAAGAGUAGCAAUAGUGAAUAUGUAGCACGUCAUCCACGGAAGACGCCAGUCCCUGGACAUAACAAAGGGGUGGACUCUACCGAUGGAGGCCACUCAUAUCGAGGGAGUCGGUACUCUCACCGAGAAGGUAACGCGUUUGCAGUGUCGGAAGAUGGACCUGCAGCUCUCACUUCCUCGGCUUCCUUUCCUUGCCGGAACUCUCGACUGGGAGGGUGGACUAACAACUCCCCUUUCGAGUUCGGCGUCGGAGAGCGUAUCAACUCCGUAGACGUUGUACCCCCACCCGCCAUCCCCCCCACUCUUCGAGCUCCUGGGGCGAGGAUAUCAAAACAAGUUAGUACUGUAGAACCUUUCUCCUCUUUGAGUAAUGCCACGAGUGCAGGUUGGUCAAGUUCCAGCUUCACCGCAAGCCCUGACCUUCACGACGGCCGCUUAGACCAAGACCCACGUCCCGGCAGUCCUUGGCACUCAAUCAGCUCCUUGUCUGAGCAGAGCUCUGGAGAGCUAGUGUAUGAUAUCUGGGGAAACCAUUUUGGCAACCUUAGUCAAUGCAGCUCCCAAAAUGAUUCCUCUUUUCUAGGGACAGGGUGUGACAAGCAGGAGGUCGACUCUAUCAGUGGCUUUCACCGCCUGUUGGUCCCCGAUCACCUUCACUUUGAGCCUCUAUUUUCAGGCUCUCUUACUGGUGGCUUUGCAGGUGACAUAAGCCCAACUGCUCAAGCCCUGUACGAGUCAUCGUUCUCUGGAUUUUUUUCCAAGGGUUCCACUUUGGCACUGGAAGAUCACAGCCGGCCAACCACUCCACCUGCGAGCGAGUUGCCUGAUCAGCUGUACUCAGAUUCACCAAGAGCCAAAUUCUCCAAGCUGUCUUCUUCAACCGUGGGGACGUUUGCAGCGAAACCACGAGUGAGAGUCCCCUACUCUCCACCCAUGGGUUGUGUUACCAGUACUUUUUCUAGUCCUCUGAGCACUCCAACUGCUGCUAGUCAGGCUGCGAUGACGAAGGCGCCAAGCUGCUCGUUCUGGGCACACGAAAACAGCAAGCUUCCGGAGAGAGCAUUAUCCCCUUCUCUCUCUCUGACGUAGUCUAGUGAUCUUUUCAGCCCAUAACUUUUGGUGGCUGAGCCAUUAGUAUUGCCUAAUAGGUAUUGGGAGGCCUCUGCUAUGCCAUGGAUUGAGCGGAGGACAACAAUCAUCUUCCCUCGGGAGGCUGAGGUAAAAUGUUCAUAUACAGACGUAAACUUCUUUGUUGAUGUGCUAGUAUAUGACUUGGUUGGAAACAUUGGAACUGUAAUCCUGUUCCCAACAUGCUUCUUGUUGAACGUCCUUGCUGCUAAACGGACUGCCUAACCAGCAUUGAGACAAUUUUUGUUCCUUAUUUUGGUGGAUCGUAUCCUUCAGACUUGUACAUUUCAACACCAUCCUCCA